AUGCCCAUCGAGCUGGACAGGAAUGGAGUCCCUCAGUAUGCAGGCCAGCCAGAGUAUUUCAAUGAAUGCGAAGAGCGAGCCUGGGAUCUCUAUCAUGGCAGGACUGGCGAGAAGUCUAAGCAGGCCGCGACGGCGCUGCAUCUACGAUCAGGCCUUUCUGGUCCAGCCUACGAGGCAGUGCGCAAACUCAAACAUGAAGAGCUGAUAGCUACUGAUGAGUCUGGAGAAUCAAGGCAGGACGGGCUCACUCUUUUCCUCACGACGCUGAAGAAAGAAGUUCAAGAUAUUGCGCCCGUCCGGAGCACCGAGAUCUUCGACAAGGCUUUGUACGGAUCAUCGGUCUGGCGCGACCGCAACGAGUCCAUGGCCAACUACGUGACAAGGAGGCGAAAGGAGUUCGCAGAGUUGCAGGAGGUCAGCGCCACGACUACGAUCUCUGAGGAUAUCCAGGCCGCACUGAUCCUCAGAUUCUGCGGCAUCAGCAUGAAGGAGCAAGCCGCAGUCCUCGCCUCCAACAAGAAUGAGUACAAGCUAGCCGGCAUCGAGUAUGCACUGCGGGCUCAGUACCCAGCGGUACAUCGACAGCAGGACCGACGCGCUGAUCGCCGAGAGCGAUCCGCCUACGCUUGCGCCGCGUCGGAGCAGGACGAGAACCACCGCAACAAGAUCUUCAACAAGAAGAAGCCGCCUAGGCGGCAAGGGAUUGACAACCAGCACAUCGCCAACCUGAAGAAGCGGACCCAGUGCUCAGACUGCCACCAGUUCGGGCAUUGGCAGGGCGAUGACGUUUGCCCCCGUCGGUCGAGCCGGAAGCCUACAUCAGUGUCUCCAGCGAAGAAGCCCGCUCAGAACUACUUCACGCUCGAGGAGCACGGGGACAACGACGACGACAGCGAGCCGUCCGAGGUCUUCAUGGUUCUGAAGGGCGAGAUGGGGCACGUCUGCGAGCACGUGGCCGACGACGCCUGCGAGAAGGUCGUCCGCGGCGCCAACAAGACCACCAGGUACAUCACAUGCAUGGAGUGCGACCGCCACUUCACGCUCGCCCACCGCAACAAAGGGUUCGAGCUGUGGAGCUACAUCAUGAAGGCCCUGAUGGGCACGAAGUGGGGCCGCUUCCUGUCCCGCAAGGAGUUCGCGAGGCGGAUUGCCCUGGUGGCCGACGCCCUGAUGGUCCAGGGUCGCCUCCCAUCUACGUGUCGGAGGCGGACGGGGGCGCCCGCGGCGCGACGCCCUUCCGGCAAGCAGCGGCUAUUCGGCCGGCUGCCUGCAAGAGGCGACGGACCGCGUGCACCUACACCGGCGGCCGCAUCUGCGGCCAGUUCUGCGAGGCCGAGUGCUACUGGAUCAGCGCCGGCCGCACCCCCUACACCCGAGAAGCGCAUCAUCAAGGUCGACUUGACCCAAGGCGACCCCGAGCCGAAGCCGGGACCGGAGCUGGCCUUCCUGCACGGCAUCCCGCUCCACCAGAGCAUCGAGCUGGUGGAGUUCCCGGAUCUCGACGGCGUCGACCAGCUCAACCCGGUCCCGUACCCAGCGGAGGUCAUCGACUUCGGCACGCACAAGGGGCGAACCUUCCAGGAUGCGGCGUCCGACCCGGCACUCAUCUGGUACAACAGGUGGGCUCUGGACCAGGUCUUGGGCCCCGAGGCGGAGGAGAUCAACCUCCACUUGUACCGCUACGCGUAUUUCCUCUACGCCAUUGUGAAGAUCGCGCGCGGCAAGUUCAACGCUGCCCCGCAGCAGAUGAUCGACGGCGACAAGAGGAGGCUCCCCGCCGACAACGAUUGGAUGGAGGUCAACGCCGGCGGCUUCACCAUCCCGAUUCAGCCCAACAUCCAUCAGCCGGACGACAUCUCUACCUACGAGUGCUCGGUCAUGGCCGCUACUACCGGCAAUGCCUUCUCGGCGCACGACAGCGACGCCGACGCCGUGCUCGCCAUCAUCGACACUGGGUGCACGCGUACCAUGCACGGUGAGUCGUGGCGGGCAGCCUUCGAGCGUAAGCUCGCGAGGCGCGGUCUACAGGUAGUGAAGACCCCGACCUCUCGUACAUUCAGAGGGAUCGGCGGCCGCGCGAGGAGCACCACGGCGGUCCGUUUUCCCGUGGGCAUUGGAGGAAAGUGUGGCGAUAUUCUGUCGCGUGAGGUGCCGGGCGACUGCCCGAUGCUGUUCAGCAGAGACAUGCUCACCAAGCUUGGGCUGAGCACGCGGCUUUCCACGGAGGGCGAUGUCGCCGACUUUGUCAACAUUGGCGUCUACAACCUGAAACUCCACCACACUAAGGUGGGCCACCCGGCGGUCAACCUCCUUGACCUGCCGAACGAGAGCUACGAGACGGCCGAGUGGGCGGCGCCGACGAUGCCCGAGGAUCACCACCUGGAGUACUACCCCGAGAAGUUCCACGUCGGCAUCACCUACGUCGAGGAGAGCUCAGGUGAGCCUCUCCCCAGCUUCCUGGACAUCGAGAUCGGCGAGACUACGGACGACGAGUGCCUCCAGACGGUCGUCGACCACGACUACGGACCGGACGUCUUCGCCGCCGAGGCGAUCGAGUGGGGCGGCAAGCGCAACCUCACCAACAAGAAGUCCAAGAAGCUCGAGCAUUCCCUGCAGGCCAUUGCCGUGCAGGAUGAGGUGGUGCAGGCCGUCGUGGAGAAGCAUCCGCCCAGGGCCCGGCUGCCCGCAGGUGCCAGGACAUGGGCCAAGCAGACCUACGCUGGCCAGAUGGGAUUGACAGUGCUCAUGGCCACGAUGGGCCUCUCGGUCGGCGUCCCACUGGACAAGCACACGGGCUGGGGCGCUACCACCAGGCUGGGCAGGCAGAGGUACGACGCGGAGAUCACCAACGAGGAGCCGUACUGCCUCGUGGUCUCGCACCCCUGCUCGCCGUGGGGCAACUGGAGCAGAUUCAACAUGGCCCGUUGCCCGGAGACCGAGAGGAAGAUCUUGGCCAAGCGCGAGGCGAACCGCCCCAUUCUCAGGCAGGUGGACUCCUCAGUGGACAGCCGAGUGCGGAGGGGCUUCCACGUGGCGCUGGAGCGCCCCCAGGGCUCCGAGGCCUUCGACCAGCCGGAGAUGUCAAGGAUUCGUUCUCUCCUGGACAAGGGCAUCCUGAGGAAGGUUACCUUCGACGGCUGCCAGGUUGGGUACCGCGAUGCUGAGUCAGGCUUGGCUCACCGCGAGCCCAUGAUGAUCAUUGCCACUAUGGACACGCUGGUCGAGGCCCUUUCCGACAAGAGGUGUAGUUGCACACAGCGCGAGCAGCUAAAGGGCCGCAACAAGUUCGGGCCGCGCACCCUGCAAGCGGCCGAGUGGCCGGAGGAGCUCGACCACAUCGUCGCCCGCAGCGUCGCACAGCAGGCCAUCGUCGACAACGCCACGGACACCGACUGGCAGUUCCCUGCAGAGGACGGCCGCAACGGCACGCGGCUGGUCACGGAGGGGUGGUUGGGGGCGCGCUCGGAUCUGCCGGACCAGGCAGAGGGGCCGCCACGCUCGUACGGCCCAGGCGAGCCCAGCGUUCAUUCCGAAGUUCAAGGUCAUCGGAUCGAUCCUCGAGUAUCCCAGGAGGCUAUCGACAAGCCGGUGCCCCCGGAUGACGAGGCUGUCGACAAGCCGGUGCCGGACGACGAGAUGUGCGUGGGCCUGGAGCGCGGGGAGAAGCGCGGAGGCCUGUCACUUACCCAGCUGGACAGAGCCAUGCGCGAUCCGGAGCGUCUGGAUCGGGGUUCCAUCAAGAAGCCUCGCACCUUCCAGGGCUACGUGGAGGAGGAGUUCAGCGUCAUGGAGGAUGCCCUCCACGAAGUGUUCCUCACCAGCGACUACAAGCCGGACCUGGCUGUCGCCUACGAGUGGCGUCGCACCGACUACGGCAUCCAGAAGUUCAUCGCUGCAGACAAGCGUGGCCCUCGCUGGUCCAAGGUGCUUCGCCGCAUCACCAGAGACAUCAAGACAGGCAUCGUGAUCGAUGACAUCGACGUCAGAGGUCUUGCUCUUCGCGAUGCUCGCCUUCGUCGGCUUCUGCCUGGUGGCACCACCGCGGUCGAGACCAUCUUCGUUCACACCGACGUGGACGUGGGCACGAACGACACAGUCGAGUUCGCCUAUCUCACCACGGAGCAGAGGAAGGAGUUCGAUCAGGCUAUGGCCAAGGAGUGGCGCAGCUGGACUGAGUUCCAGGCCGUCGAGGUGCUGAGCUUUAGCCAGGCCAAGGAGCUCCUCGACAGGGGUGCUUCCCCAGUUGGGACGCGCUGGGUCCACGCGGACAAGAACGCUAAGAAGCGCAACCUCAAGCAGACCUAUGACGACAUCCCGCUCGCUGCCAAGAGUCGGCUCGUCGUGCAGGGCUGCCAGCGCGAGUCCAUCUACGAGCCCUGUCUGUUCAUGCUCAGGGACAGCAAGGGCAAGCUCAACGGCUUGCUGUGCACGCACGUCGACGACCUCUUCGUCACGGGCGCGGGCGAGCAGUUCGAGCGCGUGAUGGAGAUCAUCAAGGACAAGAUUCGCCUUUCCUUCCAGUCCGAUACGUUCAGGCACUGUGGCAAGGUCGUGGAGCAGGACAACCAGACUUUCGACAUCAAGAUCGGACAGGCCGCCACGGUCGAGGCGCUGGAGUACAUCACCCUCGAGCCGCACCGCCGGCGCAAGCCCAAUGCGCCACUCACCCCGGAGGAGAUCUCUGCCCUCCGUAGCGGUGUUGGGUCGCUUGGCUGGGUAGCACGGCAGACGCGCCCUGACCUGGCCGUCCACGCUUCACUUGGGGCUCAGGCCAUGAGUGGCCCCAAGAUUCGUGACAUUGUUGCAGUGAAUCGUGCCAUCAAGAUGGCUAAGGACGACGUUGAUUUCAAGCUGAUGUUUUCAUCCCGCCUGGACUGGGACAGUGCCAUUGUGUUCGGCUGCGGGGGCAGCAGCCAUGGCAACAUUGACGACCUUACGCUAGGGGAGAAGGUCAAAUCCCAGUGCGGCUAUAUCAUCGGCAUGGCGUCGCCCGACCUCGAGACGGACGCCACCGCGAUCGUGCAUCCACUGGAGUGGGCUAGCGCGACGAUCAAGCGAGUGGUUCGUGGAUCGCUAGCGGCUGAAUGCAACGGUUUCUUGACGACAGCUGAGAGUGCGGAGUACCUCAAACACGUGAUUGCCGAGAUAUCCGACCCCGGCUACUCAUCCUACCAGUUCGACCCGCUUUUCGAUGGCAAGCAUCUGCUACUGCUGACGGACGCGAAUGGCCUUGUCACCUCCCUGGAGAAGGAUGGUGGUCAGCCCGCUGACAAGCGAGUACGGAUCCUGAUGACCCAGAUCCGACAGCUACUCGGCCAUGACAUGCUGAAGCAGGAGCGAGAGGGAGAUGACUGGAGGAUACGUGUCAGGCGGAUCGACACGAAGCUGAUGAUCGCGGACUCUUUGACAAAGUCCGAGGCUGAGAGGAGUUUCUUGCUAGAGCGGCUGUCUGAGGGCCGCUGGUGUUUAGCGCAGACGAAGGAGAUGCUCGCUGCUAAGGCAGCGGCAGGCGAGGCGCGCCGAGCCCGCAAGGCCCGGCCUGGCAAUGCGGAGGG